CAACCUAUUAUAUAUACUCAACAUCCAUUCACAAAAUCUUUCACACCAUCUCCAAUCCUAUUUUUACCAGAAAAAACUCAACACUUUACGAUGGAGAACCAAUGGACUUCUGGUCUUUGCAGAUGCAUGGAAGACGGCAAAACUGUUUGCCUUACAUGUUUCUGCCCGUGCGUCACUUUUGGACGGAUCGCUAAUAUUGCUGACGAAGGAAAUCGCGGCUGUGAGGAAUGUGGGCUGUUUUACGGACUGAUAUGUUGUGUGGUCGCGUUGCCAUGCUUGUUCUCAUGCACUUACCGGACCAAGAUCCGACGCAAAUUCGGGCUAGCGGAGUCUCCAGCUUCGGAUUGCAUCACUCACUGCUUUUGUGAAUGUUGUGCUCUUUGCCAAGAAUACCGUGAACUGAAAAACCGUGGUCUUGACCCUUCUAUUGGAUGGAAUGGACAGAUGCAACGGGCAACAUCUCCUCCUAUGGCUCAACACAUGAAUAGUUGAUUCUAAAGUUUCAUGUUUCACGAUAUGCUUAUUUUUUUAGUGAAUGGAUGAUCUAAAUUGAAUAAGUGGAUUCAGAAAUAGAACACCUUUAAGUGUGUUUUAAUAGUUUAAAUGGUUUCAGUUUUAUUACUUUUGUUUCGGUAAUGAUGAAUAAAUAGAUAAAUUAUGAUGGUGUA